GUUACUGUUCCCAAUGUUAAUCAAGCGUAACGACAGACUGGUGCAAAUAGUAAGCCCAUUGAACAAGAAAUUUAAAAGGAACACAACACCCGCAGUCAAAAGAUUCAUAAAAGUUGUAAAAAGAGGUUUAUUCAAUCAAAAUGAAAUAUCCGGAUUCCGUGUUGAUUUGGAUACACAUAUUUACACUCUGCGUUGCUGAAGAAACAACUAAAUUAGAGGGAGAUAUAAUAAUUGGUGGACUAUUCAAAAUCUUCAACCUAAAGGAUGGUGCUUGCUCCAACACAGUAGAUACAGCGUCUGUUAGAGACUACGAAGCAGUAAAAUGGACCUUAAAGAAGUUGAAUGCAGCUAACUACAUACCUGGGAUUAACAUAGGUAUCGAGGCGUUUUCCACGUGUGACAUACCAGGAAGAGCAGUGUACCACACUGUGAAUUUUGUCCAGAAGGCUUUUGAAAACCACGCUAAUUCAUCGUCUCUCCCAAUCGUAGGUAUACUUGGCCCAGAAGCAAGUUCAGAGGCUGAAGAAACGUCGGCUUUUCUAAGUUCUUUAUCAAAGGAGUAUCAGCUUUAUCAGUUUCUUUUCUCUGCGACAAGUUCAAACUUAAAUGAUGAAAGACUGUCCAAUAUAGUGAGAGUAAUACCAAGCGAUACAAUUCAGACAAAGGUUAUGCAGCACUUUUUGAAACAACUAGAAUGGAAUUAUGUUGCAGUCGUGUAUGAAAAUACAACCUAUGGAAGAACAGCUUUCGAAGAACUCUCAAGUUCCGCUAAAUUUGAGGGUAUUUGUAUAGCAAAAUCGUUUCCUAUUGAAAUUGGAAUAACUGUCGACUUCAGUGCUCUACAGACCGUUUUGGACAAUCUGUUAAGUAAUGCCGAGAGCCAGAUCACGGGUGUCAUAUUUUUCGUGUCUACCACAACUGCUAGUGACUUUCUUAGUAUUGUCCAAGGUCGUAAACAAGGAUCAUUUUUUCGACUGAUGAUGGUAUUUUCAGAAUCGAUAGCAUUGGAACGAUCUAUGCUGAAAAAUUAUGAUAGUGUAUCGAAAGGAACAUUUGUAACUAGCCCACCAGUACUUGAAGUGAAAGAGUUCUCUAACCAUUGGAAUAGUAUUCUUUCGAACAAAACUUCAUUUUUAGAUGAAUAUGUAACCAAUCAUUGGCUACUAAAUGUACUUCGCAAAUAUAUCUCUUGUGAUCCAUUUCAAGAAACCUGCUUGAUGCCAACGUUACAAGAAGUGAGCACUUCGGAAAACGAAAAUAUAUUUGAAGGAUAUGCAAUCGUUGCUGCUCUUCUUCAAGUGAAUGGAAUCAAAGAGCUGCAUUCGGAAAAGUGUAAAGGUAGUGACGGAAUCUGUACAGAAUUGAGAGAAACUCUGCACAAACAUAAAAAUAUGCUUUUUAAGAAGAGUUCACGUGAAGUCAUAUUUCAGGAUGUACCAUUCCACUUCGAAAAGAAUUUCAGUAUUAUUCUAAAUGGGAAAAACGAGGUACUAAUGAACGGAAAUAUUUCGGCCUAUGAAGUUUAUCAGUAUCGGCGAUGCCUUGAUAAGAAUGAAGAUUUCUGUUUAGAAAAGGUAGCUGACUAUGGCGAGAACUCAUUGAAGGUAUUAACUGGGAGACUUGUUGAUUAUAGUGACAACAACAACGAAAUACAAUGGCCAAACAUGUACAAGGCACAGUGUUCUCUUGGAAGGAACUGUAAAUCCUGUAAAGUAGAAAAUACCGAAAAUGACAUUUACUUUAAAAAUGGGGAUUUUUUUAUCAUUGGAAUGGCUCCUGUCAACACUGGAGAUCUCUCAAAUCCAUUACAUUGUGGUGUUAUCAGAGAAUCCAAUGGAUGGGAAUGCACAGAGGCCAUUUCUUACGCAGUUGAUGAUAUAAACCAGAAUAAAGACGUAUUUCCAAACUCUACAAUUGGUUUUAUCAUAUUGAAUAGUUGCAAUCAACCUGUUCUCACUAGUAAAAAACUACUGAAUAUAAUGAACAAUGGUGUAACCCUACCAAAUGGGACUGUUGUGCAUGAUGUGUCUUCCAGAGUAUUAGGUGUUGUUGCUGAAUUGGGUAGCAGCAUUAGUCAGGCAGCAGCAGAGGUAUUGCAGGAAUUCAACAUUGUCCAAGUAGCUUACGGGUCAACAGCAGCAGUUCUUAGCGACAGAGAAGAAUACAAAUACUUUUUAAGAUUAACCACUCCAGAUACAAAUCAAGCUGUGGCCAUGGUCGACAUCUCAAAAAAGUUAGACUUGACCUACAUUCAAAUACUUUUUAGUGAAGGCACGUAUGGCGAAGGUGGACGCGAUGACAUUAUUCGUGCGGCAAAGUCAUCGAAAGUGUGUGUAGCUAACGAAAUCAUAGUUCAAGAAAAUAAAUACUCGAAGGUUCUUGACGAUUUAAGAAGAAACCCGUAUGCUAAAGUAGUCCUGUUGUUCCUUAAAUCACACGUCGUCUCGGAGGUUAUCGAAGUGAUAACAAAAUCAAUGGAUGCUGAAGAAUUUGUUUUUAUUGCAAGUGAGGCCUUUGGCACGAGAACGGAGAUAAUUGAGAACAAUCCCAAACUAGAGAAUUCUUUAUCAUUAUCCUUGGAAAUACCACUGAGCGGAAAUAAUCUAAAGGGCUAUAUAUAUUCAAAAUCAACAGAAAAAUACUAUUUAAAUCCCUGGACACGGUCUUUUCUUGAGAAAAAGAAUGCAUGCUUUUUUCCUGGAAGUUUUGACAAAUCUUCCAAUGAACAAUGUGAAAAGGUAUUUGACCGGUAUAAUUCCAGUGACAUCAACUAUGACAUUUGGUCUCCUUUUGCCCUGCAUGCUGCUAAGGUAGUGUUAAAUGGAGCGUAUUCCGCUUUUCGUCAUAUUUGUGGGCUAAAUUCUAAAACAAUAUGCUCCGAAUAUAGAGAUAACCCAAAACGAGUAUGGGAGUAUUUUCAACGACAGAAUCUCUCUCUGAACGGUGUUCAAACAAGUAUCUUUGAUGACAACGGAGACGGAAAUCUUGGCCAUGUUAUAUACCAGAUAAAGAAAUCGAAGACUGAUCCAAAGGUGCUGGAAUUCGUUAAGGUUGGAAGUUUUAGCCAAUCAACUAAACUCAAUUUAAGCAGAAUUGAUACAAUCAACCCUACUGAAUGUCAGAAUCAAAAAUGUAAAGAUUAUUGUACUUUGUUUUACAAUGGAAACGCGAAGGAUGAAAAAGAAACAAGCAAUGAUAGUUCUAAUACAGGAGUUGUUGUUGGUCUGUCCGUAGUAGCAGCUAUAUUUGUGUUCAGCACAAUCGCAUUAAUCAUUUACAUACUCAUCAUUAGGAGAGGAUUGUUAAAGUCAAUACAGGAACAAGAACAUUAUGGUAAUAAAAAUCAAAAUAUUAGAUGUUUGAGACUCAAGCCAAGUUGGAAGCCCUUGAAAGUAAAUUUGGAUCCUACAGAAUUUUCGAUGCGAAAUGAAUAUUUAACUGUUGUGAAGUAACUACAAUGUACUAAAUUGACGUAAGCUGCGGUCAAUAUUAAUACAUGUACAUGAUCCUCUCCCAUCUGACCAUGAAUGAUCUCGAGGUUUAUUAAAAUAUUAAAAUGAAUGACCAAUCUGAGAAAAGCAAAUUUAAAAAAAGUAUCCUUGGUAAAACCUGAAUUUUAAAUGUUUUAAUUUGAUUUAAAUUUUGAAUUUCUUGGCACAAUGAUUUAUUUCCUCUAUCUUUAAACAUGUAUAUAAGAAUUGUUUGUUUUGUUUUGUUUUCUUGUUUUUGUUGCAUUUUAUUUGUUUAUACCGGUAUAUUAUUUCAAUCAUUUUAACUGGUUAAAUGAUUGUAAUCAUUAAAAAUUUAUAUUGGAUGGUUAAUAGUGUGAGUACAAUGUCAUGAUCUCCACUAAAGACAUCUUGUCAAUUCUUUGAUUGAAUACAGGUCAUUUUGUAAAUUUAUAUGUUUACGAUAUUGUAUUAUCUUACAAAUAAUUUUGUUAAAAAAUAAAUAAAAUUAGCCUUCUAUGGGAUAUUUUACAAUGUAAGG